UGCCCUCAUUCUUCAGUCUUUGACAACAAUACUUCACCGCGCUCUGAUACGCAAAGCCUACGAGUAAUUAAACGUCAGAAACGAAAGCUUCCAUACUUUGCCUUGAAAGCGCGACUCAUCAUCAUGAUAUUGCGCAGCCUCAGCCUCAUCAUCCUCCAGCUCAGCGUCGCGACCGCAUACACGACCUUCGAAACAAAUUGCAGUCACCCUCAAAUAUCCGUGAACUUCGUGUCCUCCGUUAACGCAAGAGGAACACUCGACAUCCUAUGGAGCUGUCUCUUCACGAUCCUAGCAUGCACCUGGACUGUCCUUCACUUGAACGUUCCAGAGCAGCGGGAGGAGCGCGACCCCGGCUGGCUAGGAGACAUUAAGUGGGCAAUGAAGAGAGCCUGGACUAAUGCGGAAUGGAUGAUGAUCACUGUACUUGCUCCUGAAGUGCUUCUGGGAAAGUAUUGUGGUGAUCUUCAAGCUGCUAUAGCCCUAACCAAGGAUAUGAAAGAGCUCGCAGAGAAAGACAAAGUGCCGUGGACUCUGACCCAUUCUUUCCUUGCUAAUAUGGGCGGUUUUGCUAUUCGCGCUCACGAUCAAAUUAGAUUGGAUAUCGCCAGAAGCAACGACAUCUUGUAUCUUAGAAACAAUGGCUUAAUACCUCGGCUGCCAUACAUAAGCCUAGAUGAAAUAGGAGAUCGAAACAAGAACGAUUCUCUAGUUCGAGUCAUUGCUAUAACCCAAAUAUCUUGGACUGUUGUUGAAGCAUUAAUCCGUGCAACUCGUGGUCUGGCGAUCUCUCAGCUUGAGAUUGCAGUCAUCGCUUUUGCGGCUUGUGCACCGAAAGGGGUUCAGACAUCUAUAGCUCUCCUUACAUAUGCCGAUAAGAUCCCGCGGAGAACUAUUGACGCUUUACCUCCACGAAGCGGAUACGCGUAUUGGCUUUAUGAAACAGCUGAUUUCUUUUUUGAGCACUCAGAAGUCCUUGCUGGAUCUCGUAUAAGCAACAGCAACACGCUUUGCGAUAGUGUAAAAGAUUUGUAUAGCAUGGCGGGUGCAUCUAUCAUCUUCGGAGGCAUUCACAUUGCCGCUUGGAACUUCGACUUUGCUACCAAAGUUGAACAAAUCUUGUGGUGGAUCUCGAGUCUGUGGUGCACAGUUGACUUCUUGGCGUUUUUCCUUGGUACCUCAUUUUUAAUAUAUGCGGUGGAUGUUAAACUAGGAUGGAUUUCUUCUGAUACGUCUGACAAGGUGCAAAAAGUGUUCAUAUUUAUAUAUAUUCUCCUAUAUUUUCUAGCCAGGCUUUAUCUCCUGAUCGAGAUCUUCAGGACUUUGUGUUUUCUUCCUCCUACUGCUUAUUAUUCUACUUGGGCUACAAAUAUACCUAAUGUUGGUUGA